CCUCUUAUAAAUUCAAAGCUCUGACCAACAUAGCAAAAAGUAGGUUGCUGUCUUCAACAUAAGAUCAGAGAGCUGGAACGCGAAACAGAGGAACCCGCUUUUUCACCAUGAAAGAUGACUACGAGGCUGAUGAGAAGAAGCAAGCUGCUGCUGAUGUAUUGUUUAGUUAUUCCAAGUUUGCAAUGGCCUGCAUCGGAAAUCAGACUCGUCCUAGUGACAUGAGAUUGCAUUUGAUGAAGGAGAUAUCGGGACUGCCAACUUCUCUGAAAAGAAGAGAAGCUUCUAGAGCAGCAACUUCGCCUGAUCCACUCGGAGAAUCAUCGAGCUCUGGCACCGCCAGGCUAGAUAAAGUGGAUAGUUUCAGGGUACUUUAAUGUCAGUUUUCAAUAUCUCAGCCUAAGUAUCUGUCGCCGAGAAACCUAUUUAUCAAAAUUUGAACGGUUGAUUUUAGCCCAUGAUAGUGUUACGAUGUAUUCCCACUGUGUGACUCUGAGAAAUCAAAAUUUGAACGGUUGAUUUGUAUGUUUUUCUUCCAUUUCUUGAACAUAUUGUCUGUCUUCUUAUGGUCUAGUUUCUACGUUAUUCCCAAGCACAGAAGAUG